AUGGUUAAAGAAGUAACAAACUCCUAUCUAAAGCGUGGAAAAAUUAAUGAUGUUGAAAUGACAGUGCUACUGGACACUGGAAGCUACUACCCUUUGCUGAUAUUUAGUAUAGCAUCACCUUGUAAGCUAGAACUGAGAACUACGAAAAAAUCGUUGUAUGGGCUAGGUAGUGUCUCAGUACCGUCAGUGAGUGCUGUAGGGAAGUCAGAUGCCAUAAUAACGGUCUAUAACGUCGAGGCUGGUCCAGUUAAAGUGUUGAUUGUACCUGAUGGUGUACAACGGUACGAUAAUAUGAUCAUUGACUUACAGGAGCAAGUUGAGUCACUAAACGCGGGACGUUACUUCUCCCAGUUGGGUCUGGCAAUCGGUUAUCUACAANACUUACACUGUAUACCAGACUUACAGGAGCAAGUUGAGUCACUAAACGCGGGACGUUACUUCUCCCAGUUGGGUCUGGCAAUCGGUUAUCUACAAGUGCCUCUGUCUAAAGCGGCUCAGGAAAAAACGGCCUUCAUCACGCCUGAUGAUACGGGUCAAUUCACCAGGAUGCCUUUCGGCUUGGUGGGAGCCCCUGGUGAAUUUACGAGGCUGAUGCGGAAAAUGCUAGGCGACCUGAAAGACAGAGUGGUCAAAAACUAUCUGGACUACUGGGUGGUAGACGCUGAAGACUGA